AUGAAACAGAGGAAUUCCUACUCAAUCCUCUGUUCUAUCCUCAUAAGCUUCAGUGUUGCUUCAGUUUCAGCACAAGCACAAGAACAAUGCAUGAACAAUGGGAACUACGGAUCCAACAGUACGAUGGAAGCAAAUCUCGGACUAAUACUCUCUUCUCUUCCUCUCAAUGUCACGGCUAGAGACAGCUUCUUCUACAACGGUUCCAUUGGACAAGAACCGAACCGUAUCUACGCAACUGGGAUGUGCAUCCAAGGAUCAACUUCAGAAGAGUGUUCUGAUUGUAUCAAGACCGCUUCUGACGGUUUGAUACGGAGUUGUCCUAACCAAAUACAAGCGUAUUCAUGGGCAGAUGAACCAACGCUUUGCCAUGUGCACUACUCCGACACUUCUUUCUUCGGAUCUGCUGAUCUAGAUCCGCGUAAUUUGGUCUACAACACUAGAGAUAUCAGGUCAAAUUUAACAGAGUUCACGGCAAUAUUGGAGGACUUAGUUGUUAGUAUGAUUGCUGCAACAUCCACAGCAAAAAGCACACCAUCGUCUAGCAAUAACUAUUACACAGCUGAUGGUGCAGCCUUGACAGCUUCCCAGAAUAUUUACGCACUGAUGCAAUGCACGCCGGAUCUUUCCUCUACUGAUUGUGCUAAAUGUCUUCGACACCCGUCAUGUUGUGGUCAGACGCAAGGAGGAGUCAUUAUGCGGUCAAGCUGCUAUUUCCGUUGGGAUUUAUAUAAAUUCUCUAAGGCUUUUGACAAUAUUACGUUGCUACCUCCUUCUAGAGGCGACCGAGUUAACACAACAGACAAUGGUAGUGGAAAAAACUCAACAAGAUCUAUCGUGGCAAUUGUUGUUCCCAUUUUAGCAGUCGUCUUUAUCAUUGUAAUCUUGGUACUACUUGCUCGUCGCUCUGCUAUGCUUUGUUGGAGGAGAAAACCAUAUCAAGAAUUAGAUCUUUAUCAAUCUGGUAUUACAACUGCACGUUCUCUGCAAAUCAAAUUUAAGACAAUCGAAGCUGCGACAAAUAAAUUUUCAGAGAGUAACAAAAUUGGUCAAGGUGGAUUUGGAGAAGUUUUCAAGGGUAUAUUGCCUAAUGGAACAGAAGUUGCAGUGAAGAGGCUAUCAAAAUCAUCAGCACAAGGUGGACAAGAGUUCAAGAAUGAGGUUGUUGUUGUUGCAAAACUUCAGCAUAGGAAUCUUGUUAGGCUUCACGGGUUUUGUCUUGAAGGAGAAGAAAAGAUACUUGUUUACGAGUUUGUCCCCAACAAGAGCCUCGAUUACUUCCUCUUUGACCCUACAAAACAAGUGCUGUUAGACUGGACAAAACGAUACAACAUCAUCAAGGGAAUCACUAGAGGAAUUUUAUAUCUUCAUGAAGAUUCAAGACUCACAAUUAUACAUCGUGAUCUCAAAGCAAGCAAUAUUCUCCUAGAUGCUGAUAUGAACCCGAAGAUUGCUGAUUUUGGAAUGGCGAGAAUUUUUGGGAUGGACCAAACUGGGGCUAAUACAAAUAGAAUAGUUGGAACACGCGGUUACAUGCCCCCAGAAUAUGUGAUGCAAGGUCAAUUCUCAACGAGGUCAGACGUCUAUAGUUUUGGAGUCUUAAUUCUUGAGAUUAUAGGUGGUCAAAAGAACCUAUUUGUCCACCAGUCCGACACUACAAUUGAGAAUUUGGUCACAUACGCUUGGAGGUUGUGGAGAGACGGAACACCGUUAGAGCUUGUGGAUCCAACAAUUUCAGAGAAAUGUCAUACGGAAGAAGUGACAAGAUGCAUCCACAUUGCGUUGCUAUGUGUUCAACACGAUCCUAUAGAUCGUCCAAACUUGUCGACAAUCAACAUGAUGCUCACUAGAAACUCCCUCAAUUUACCUGUUCCUCGUCCACCUGGAUUCUUCUUUCCUAAUAGACACAACCAAGAACAAGCUAUUGAGAGCUUUGAGUCGAGCCAGUCUACGAUCAGGACGAAUUCCCUAACUAUCAAUACUGUAACCCUCACAGAUCUUGAUCCUCGUUGAAGAUCAUUGGCACUAUAUAUGUCAGAAACUAUGUUUCAAGUGUUUCAGCUAAAUCUGUAAUGUCUUUUUUCUAACAGUUAAUGUAUAAACUGGGUUGUUGACAUGG